AUGAACGAUAUAAAUCAAGAAAGAAUGAUGUCGUCAUUCAAAGACAUUGCAUUGAAACCCUUCCACGAUACUUAUGCUCCAAAAAGCCCAAUGCUUGCUCACAAAACGUUAUACUCAAAUUUUAACCCCACUCAAGAAGUGAGUAGAAUGAAUUUGAGAAGACAGAAUCCAAGUUACUUUUCUCCAUCUCAAACAAAAGGACAGAGUUAUAGUUCCCCUUUAAUCUGUCCCAUAUCUUCACAAAUUAACAGUUCACCGUAUGAAAACAUGAAAACUUGUACUUCAAAACUGAGAGAAGGUGAAAAUCUUUACUUUCGAGAUGUUCAGUUUAGUCCACACCCUAUUCCAUAA